AUGGCUGAGGUGACCGUGUGCUCCGAGUGCCUGUUCACAGCGAGUCCCCGGGUGGUGCAAGAGGACGUGGCCCUCCUGUGGCGCGCCCUCAAGUUGGUGAUGCGCAACGUGACCGGGCGCUGGGAGCUGCAGCGCAUCUGCCACGGCAACCAGCCUGGCGCACGCAGGACCCUCAAGAUCGAGCCUUCGCUGAAGUUCUCCAAGUGCGAGCUCCUGCAGGCCGCGCUCGGCGCACAUCUGGACCUGGUGGAGAAGGUCAUCGAUGGCAUCGUCAGCCUGAAGAGGAUCGAUGCAGAGAGCAGCCCGCAGCUUGGGGUCUCUCUGCAGGCCAGCCUCCUCCAGAUUGAGGGCUACCCCAGCCUGGUGCUCGAGGUGGAGAAGCUGCGCCGGGAGCCAUAUGACUGCAGCAACGUGGAGCACGAGGAGAUGCUGCUGAAGCUCUGGAAGUGUCCGCCCGGAGACCCCCUCGCCGCCCGCAUCUCCAAGCAGCGGUGCGAGAUUCCGGCCCUGCGGAACCCUCUAGCUUCUCCACAAGCUCCUCUCGACUGUCACCCGAUGCAGGAGUUCCACAGGUUCUGGGCAGAGAAGGACCGCUGUGACAUCGUGGAGUUCAACCGGGUUCGCAGCAGAUUCCACAGGAAGAUCCUGAAGCAGCUGAGGGACCCCACCACAGCUCUGUGCCCCCACUUCUCUGCCUCUGACCUCCACGCGGUCACCCUGUAG